UGGGAAAGAAGACAACGCGGAGGAUGAAGCGGUAUGAAAUAUGAAUAGAAAAAAGACAAAUAGUUCGAUUUACGUCGCAUAUUUGCAUAAGGGACAUGAUCGAAGUGUGCAUUUGAUGAAUGUUUAGCCCUUUCUCCCAAGAAUACAUGCUCAUGAACAGCAAGAUAGUGCUAGAGGAAUAAAAACAAAAGGUUUUUUUUCGUCGCGCCGAAGUUCCGCAAGCUUCGUGCUGAAGCCUCGGAAAAGGGACUUCCAGUACCGACCCGGCGCGAGGCAAAAGCAGCUGCGUUAGAGGACGCAAAGCGUAUCAUAAAUAUUUGUUCUACAAUGGUUUGUCCGAUGCGUCGGUGUCGGAGAAGGAGCCUGUCAUCCAUGUGAUUGAUGCUCAUCGGGUGAACGGUAGUACUGUCAUGGCGAACACGAGUGACAGCCAAUGAAAAGUAAGACAUUCUUGUUGGGAAGCUUCAGAAGUAAACGUGUCAAAACGGGCAUUAUGUUCGUGUUCAACAUUUUCGCAUGAAUUAUACACCACAGUAUUUCGGCGGUUGUCUCUCAACGUUGCGGGGGCGUUGCAACCGGGAAUUGGAAAGUUCGCGGGAGGAAAAAAAUCUAACACCGGCGUGCUCGGGGUUUCCCAGUUGUCGGCACAAAAUAAAAGGACACGGGACAGGGGCGCACUGAGAGGACAGUUACAACUUUUUAGCAAGAAGAUACUACAAAGGUACAAAGCGAACAUGAAGGCCAAAACCCCGAUGAAAGUGUGGUCAAAGAAACGACAAUGCCGGAGCAGAGCGCGUAAACCCGGCUUGGUUCAGGUACGCAUAUCUGCUGUUGCGAUAUUACUGUUACUUUUUACACGUACCGUAAUACGACCUGCAAGAACGUGAUGGCAUAAUGUAAGGGUCGAAGCUUUAUUUUGCUGCACAUAUGCAGGAGCAUUUUGGACAGUUUUAGUUUUUCUUUUGAAAUAUCAGUUUUUGUCGGCCUGGCGGACAGCGAAAGCCGCGCGCGUCGACCACCCGGCUGCCCCGGUACGAAUGCAACGUCAUAUCAAGAAGACCACCAACGACCCGCUCCGCAAGAAAAUCGUGGCCCAGGGGAAAACGGUUUUCGAUUUCCGGAAAGUGGCGAAGAAGCUGCUGAAACCCCGGCGGGCAGCAAUGGCUACCAAGAAGUCGGAGUUGUUCGUGCCGAGUUCUUCCACCCGCAGGAAGGCGGAGGCUGCAGCUGGGUCUGUGCCGCAUGUCCGACCAGCCCACCAGCCCACCAUGGAUCCACGUGAGUUUCGAUUCGUCGGACCAACAACCAAACUCCCGAAGACGCGGGACAUGUCGAAGGGGUUCCGACGCCCCUGAAAUCAGAUAGUAGCUGUAGUUUCAUUUUCUGACAUUCCUAUCUACACUAUUUCUCCAGGAAGCCCUCGCACUUCUGAUUCACGCUGCUGUAUGAACAACGUUAAUUGUCCGCAACUUCUACAAGUCGCAGGGAGGUACUACGGUAUUUUCCAGAGAUAAGCACAAGUGUGGAGUUCGACUGCAAAGAACGCGCCGAAAUGUUUUUUAGGAAAAUAGAGCGCUGCAGGUAGAUCUACUACAGGAUGUUUCUUUCAUAUGCCACCGUACGUAGAGCUAGUAGACUCUCGGUCAUCGAAACGUCAAUUAAUUUUGCGAAAGUGAUGAAAUAUUCUUGAAAAGCGUGCACGACGUUAGGUUUUGCGCCUCUCAGCCUUGUGCUAAGAUUAUACGAGAGUUUCGUGGCGAAAAUCGUGUCAAACAAAACCGCGACUGUUUCCUAUGUAUUGGAUCUGGCACACUGGUGGACCAGUCGAAGCCCCUCGCUUCACUAGGAUCCAUUUCUCCUUUUGACAUACUAUGUACAUAAUCCUGCUCUCUGAUGAUAGAUAACUAAGGUCACUGUCUUAUUUCCAUCCUUGAUCCUUCGCCGCAGUUUUUUGUCGAGGUAAAACAUUGCUCACACACUCAAAGGGGUUGCGUCGACAUCUAACUCGAAGUUUCACAAUGGGUGCGACUUUGACACGGUUGUUUUAUUAAUAGCGCCACUCUCUACUUGUGCUUUCUCCUCUGCGUAAGUAUGACGUGAAGAGUUCACGUUUUCCUUAUUCCUUUCGACGUGAUGCAUACCGAAGACGCAGAAGGUGUGCUCGCUCUGCUAUGCUAUCCAGAAUGAUGAGCAGCGAAUCAUUGUAAGCGGUUUGAGUUUCGCUUCGUUAUAUCGUUUCUGCUUUUAGUGACAGCUCACUAUCUUCGAGUGCCCAUUGCAAUGCUCGAUCCGUUUUUUCCGAAGAACAUACACCGACCGGUCUUUCUCACCUUCACUUGGAAGUGAGCCCAUGCAGCUGCACUUACAAACUUCGUUUAUGUUUUCUCGGAUAAGUGGCCCUGCGUCGUGUGGUUUCAUAGCCUGUUGUCGAUAGAUAUUUCCCUGUCAAAUAUUGAGUCGCAGAGGAUCACAGCAGGAGCAGCAGCAGUAUUACAUACGAGCUACCUGUUCAACCGGGCCAUAGUUUCGUGAUAUUCCGGCCUAACUGGAACUUCACAUAUUUUUUUUAUCUAUUAAUCCUUUCGGAAACGCAAUGAUUUUUCACAUUUUCACUUUUUAACUUCCCUUCUCGCCUUCGAACGCCUUCUCCUGCUGCACAAGUUCGAUCCGGAAAGGGUUUAGUUUAGGUUUCAGGGUUUAGGACACUUUUAACUUCCCUUCAUUUUGAUUCGAUUCCAUUUUACAGUAUGUUGCACUUGAUUUUUUACCGGCCUUCGUGUAGUCUUUCUUGAGCUUAUUCAUAGGAAGAUUGGCCAACGAGGAGCGUAUCUCACAUCACAACUGCUGUCGCUAUUGUGUGAUGCAUGCUCGGGUUUGGUAACCCGCUCCAUGCGAGAAGAAAGUUGUUGUAGCAAAUGCUGCAUGUUUUACACUAUUUCUACUUCCCAGGCCCAGUCCCACUCCCACAGGUGUUUCCCAAAGCCUUACUUCCCAAACCAAAUAUAUUGGCAGAGUACUUGUUUUUCUUCUCAGGCAACAAUCAAAGAAAUUAUGAAGGAUGGCCAAGCAUUUCUUGUGCAUGGAAUGUAAGUGUAAGUGUAUCCAACCAAAUUGUUAUUGUUGUUCUGUUUUUUUAGUUUUGCUUCCCAAUCCAAUGGACAGAUUUCAACUAACAUUCUUAAUAUUUCCGGCCGUUGCAAGUUUCCUAUUUUGUCCACCUCCACACGCGUAACGCUGCAGGAAAAUUUGGAGCGACGCGACAGCUAUACACGCUUGCAGUUUCGCUUGUGAUUUUUCUUGUUGUUGUACUCCAGUGCUACCGUCACACCACUGCGAGCAUAGCAAGCCUGUAAAAUUUCGACUCGAUUCGAUCCUAUUCGUACUUGGCACGAAAUCUGUAGAAGUCCUGCUCUAUAAUUUUGAACUACGAAAAUACGCGACCAUCGCGAGGAUCUUUAUAUGGUGUGCCUAGGUAGCUUAACAAAGGUAAGUAGUUUGCAUAGAAGCUGAGUACAGCUACAGAGGUGUCCUCCCCCAACCCCAUAACGCAUGAUUAUUGAGAGAAGAGACCCAGUAAUCUAGUCCUUUCUUUAUCCCGGUUUUAAAGUGAAAAGUUGCACUUGAAGCCACUCAAUGCUUUGACUAAAACCCAAUCACUUCGUUUGGAAGACCAAGCGAGCCCAGAGUACGUAUAGUACUUCAGCUUGUGCUUAUUGGUCUGCGGAUUUCAAACGGAAAAACUAAAAAUCAUUGUGCCGCAUCCGCACCGCGACGGCAUUGCAUAGUGUAGUUCACAUUUCCAUAUAAGCCACCAAAAAAAAAAGUUAAAUUUUCGAUGGUUCGACUGGUUUACAUCUUGUUCCCACAUGAUUUGAAUGCCGGGAAUAUAUUGGGAUACGAUACCCCGUCUGGUUUUUAGAUCAAGUUAUAAAUUUCCAUGCCUUUAUUUAUUACCUAUCUUUCCAUAAAUAAGUAGCUUGAAACGCUUCCGCUACUCAUGGUGUGCCUGCAUCGCUAGGUGCUGCUUGUCCAUGAGCAAGCGGUGCACUCAAGCAACAACAGUGCACUGUGGCAGCACCGUUCUCAAUUUUUCCAGUUUGACGCACGUUUUUUUUGGCGACAUGAGAACCUAUCGGCCUAGUUUGGUUCAUUUGAGUCCCGAAACUAGAGAACAUAUAUAUAAUUUUUUUGCAUAGCCGCUUCUUGUUUUUCCUUCUCAAGUCAGUUCGAAGUCAAGCAGUUCCUUCGAGAGCAGUUUCUGGCUCACCUUGGUAGCUAUUACAGUACCGAAGAAGCUUGCGCCAUAUUGUUUUUCCUUCUCAUUAGCCCGGUGCAAAAAAAUGCAACUUCAUGCUGAUCCAUCACUGCUCGUACCUAUUUUUGUUUGCUUCGUUCUCAAGUGAAACAAAUGGAGCGGAUGAAUUUUAAUUCAAUCCCUGCUUCAUAGCAACAGACUCGGGAUUUGGCACGAUAUUUAGGAUGAAUUUCCAAGAAGCAUGCAGAGAAAAAAAAAGUGAAUGCUUUGCCAAAGAGCGAAGCAAUCCAUAUGGCAUCCACUGCGGUGUGGAGUAGAAAACUCUCGAACAAAGCGGAAAAAGUUAAAGAAGAUCCUGCUCCCAGUGCUGUGCAUUGCAUGCCGCCUCAAGGGCGGUGUGUGUGUACACGCCCGUGGAGCUACUAAUUGGAUCCAAAAUUUUAUCUUCAACAAAAGGGUUCGAAAUGAAAAAUGUCAAUCAGGCCGAGGCGAGAUGCAUGAGAAAAAAUAAUUAAAUUUGUAUAGUUAGAUGAAAACCAGACUAGUAUGGAAGUGACUGAUAACUUAGACAGGGUUUAGGGUUCGACGUGUGCUCCCGUCUGGCGCGUGAAGUUAUUACAUUGGCCGGUACAAGACUAUCGGUGGGCCUGCCAGGGUUGGGCUAAUUUCCCUGUCCCCCCUUAAGCAUGAUGUCGAUAAGCCCGGGGUUUGUAUGAGACGUGGGCGGGGUGCAGGUUCCUCGUUAGCCGCCUCUACUAAAACUAGUACGCGUGGUCAAGUUUAGCUCAUGAAGUAACUCGCCGGAGCUCUUACAGCCCCGAUUCCACCCCAGUCCUUGCGUCCUUGUUUUCAGAAUUCCGGUCCGAUCCAACUUAUUCUUAUAUUUUUAUUUUUCGAAAGAAACGAAUGCGAAUCACAAUCAAAAUCAAUCGGAAUAGCACCAACACGAAGAAGAA